GGAAUCUAAGUAUAGAUUGCAAUGAAGACGGCCGCGAUGGGCGCGGCACUGGCCACGUACCUCCACGCCAAAGUGUCGUGGCCCCUCGAAUCGGUCGUGCUGGGGCGGGACUACUCGCAAGUUCAGUCGCAACGGCAGACCUUGAUCUCGAAUACUCAGCCGAACGAAGCCGGCAAAAGUGCACCUCUCAUUGGAGGCGUGGUGGUGAACCCCUUGAACAGCACCAUUCUCGUGUGUGACGUCCGCCACGCGUGCGUCCGCGUGCUCGAUGCGGCGACGCUGCAGCUGCAGCACACAAUCGGAGGGAAAGGUGGGAACCCCGGCAAGUUCCUCGAGCCGCAUUGCAUCGCCAUCCAUGUGACGGGAACGAUAGCAAUCUCCGAUGCCAAAGUCAACCGAAUCCAAGUGUUUUCCAUCCACCACACGCUCCUCGCGCACUUUGGAAAGUUUGGGUCCGAGAAAGGGCAGUUCAACCACAUCUUGGGCCUCGCGUUCACUCCCGACGGUCACAUUGCUGUGGCAGAUAGCGGCAACCACCGCGUUGUGGUCGUCGCGACGACUGGGCAUGUCAUGGCCGUGAUCGGGGCAUUCGGCAUAAAUCCGGGCGAGUUUCAGUCACCGGUUGCUCUUGCGCUCAAUCGAUGCGGCGAUCUGUUUGUGUGUGAUCGGGACAAUCACCGCAUUCAAGUGUUUGGCGCACGGUCGUUCCGCCUUCAAACUCUGUGGGGUAGCUCGACCACGAUGCAGCACCCGUCGAGCAUCGCAGUCGGCUGCGAAGACGACGGCGACAUUGUCGUGUGCGAUGAUACUCGAGUGUUCGUGUUCUCUCAAGUCGGGCUGUUGUCCCACGUCCUGGCCAUUCCAGACGUCCAUGGCGUGUGCUUUGAUCGCCAGCAGCUCGUCCUCACGCAGAGCCCGAACUGCCUUCACCUUUGCACUCCGUACAGGCUUGUUUCGACAGGCCCAUGGAUGGCAAAAAUUCCUACGCGUGUCUUUCAUCAAGUGAUGUCGUUCUUGUCGUACCUGGACUCCAUGUCUCUCCGUCAAACCAACAAAUAUUACCACCGCGUGACCAAAGCCCGCCGAGAUGCAUGGCUGCUGCACCCGUUCGUCCCCGGGACCCCGGGCGUCAUUCGAUACGGAAAAGUUGUCGCUCCAGCCACAGGCCUGCUCGCAGUGCAUGACUUGUACUCCAAGUGGGGCGACCAUGUCAACGCCACGAUCGCAUUGCAUGACCGGCACGGUCUCGAUUUUGACACGUCAUUCAAUGGCGCCAUUUGCGAGUACUUUGGGCCGAUGUUUUGGUUCCAACACGAGCCUGCGCUGCGCACGAUGUUUUUCUUUUACGCAAGUUCAUCCGACCCACGAACCAAAGCGAAGCUGCUCCUUCGCCAAGACUUCGUUGAGCUCGUGACCGUGCUUCUGGAAAUUCAGGCGAAUUAUCUCCAGUGGUCGCAGAGUCGUCCGUUUUGCCAUGUUGCGGUUCCCGCCACCCGAUGCGCCCACGUUCACCGUCUCGAGCGUCUUGAACAAACGCAGGCGUAUCAGUUGGAUAAACUCAUGCUGAAAUUGAAGGCCAUGAUCUAGUGCUA